AUGAACCCAGAUCCAAACGAACAUGGGUACUCGCCUACACCCCCAUAUCCAUCCUACCACGAACCAGCCUACCUGAAUAUGCCACAGCCACAGGUGCCGCGGACUAGUUCGCCGGCCUCAAACCCAACCCCAGAGCCCUACAGCUAUCCGGAACCCCAGCGCUCCUCCCCAAACAUGAACACUGGACACAUAGACAAUGCAGUGAGCUCUGCAUUUCACAGUAGUGGCUCUGCAGGCUACCUCUCCCCGGAAGUUCUAUCGCAAAUCACAGCAACAGUGAUCCAGCAGCUCAAAACAACUGGGUUAGACAACCUACAAGGAUCUGGUGCGCCCCAGCCCCGCUCGCAAUCACAGCAGCCACCAUGGCAAACGGAUGGCUCCUUGCGCCCGCACGCAGAGUCCCCGCCUGCCAUACCCCUGCAGCGAAGCAGUUCAAUCCCCCCGCCCAGUUCGGCCUCGGACAAUGUCCAUACUGGGAAUUUCCAGCCAUACGUCUCCCCCGUUUACACUAGUGAUAAUCGUCUUAGCCCGAAACCUACCCCUGACCCCCUUGCGAAUAGACGUGGUUCUAUAUCGAGUCAGAGUAGUGAUCGGAGUCAUCAUAGCCAUCAUAAGGCGGAGCGCCCGAAACCUCCGGAUCGGGACGCUACUGUUAUGGAAAUGACUACUCUGGAGCGGAUUUGGGGGAAAUUGUUUGAGGAUGGUAAGGCGACUAAGAGGCUUGGCCAAUUCUUACGUGGGAUUGCGGUUCAUCUGAUUGAGGACUAUCCUCCGGGAAACACCAUUGUCAUUCCCCCUCACAAGUUGCAAAAGUUCUAUCGUGAUACUCAUGAUCCGAAUGACCCCUAUCCAUGGCAAGACAUCUUCGAUGAUCGUACAUCGUCGAUAUCCCGACUGUUCCGCGAAAUCAAAGUCGAACACCAUCUCAUCCAAGCCGAUGUAGAAAAACGUCCAGAUAUCCCAGGCCUAACACCUAAAGGCUUCGAGACCUGGGCAACCUUGAUGAUUCUCGCGAACCCAGGGCGCGAAUACGAGCGACUCCAGAAAGCAGUCCUCAACAUGCCCAUCAACAACCCAGACGACAAGAAAGAGCGCUUCCCAAAGGAACUCCCGCGCCGUCUCUUCCCAGAAAUCGGAGAUAUUGAAAUUAGGGAAGAUAUCGAGAACCGCAUGAUGGUCCACUGCGGCGUCGAUCUACCAUACAUCACCCCCGAGGAACGCAACCAAUCCGCCGCCCGACCAACCCGAUCAUCCACCACAACCGCAUCACCCACGGAGCGAACACACUCAUAUGAGCGAGGCCGACCCCGCCCCACAGCUUCAAUCCCAAAGCCAGCUCAACAACCACAACCAAGACCCGCAUCGGCCGUCACAGAUGAUGAUGAAGAAGAAGACGAACCCAUUCCCUCAGUGCCAAUCGAGCGCGAACGCAAGCCUUAUAGUGCCAAUCCAGGCAUCGGGAAAGUCUAUGAAGAAUCAGGCCAGAGUCGCAGCCACGCGAGCUCUUUCUCCACGUCUCGGCCCUCAGACUCUACCCAUAAGGGACCGGCGUCCGGACCAAAUCCAGCACACCGCAUGUCCGACUCCUAUGAUCGCGACCCGCACUACUCGCGCUCGGGAUCUGGUCAUUCUGCUGAUAAGCGGUUCUCGUAUGAACCCCGCAGCUCGUCGCAGAGUGUGAAUCACCGCGGUGGUGGUGGUAGUGGCGGUGGUGACUAUAGACAUUCCGAGGGUGAUUUGCAUGGUCGUGAUCAUGCAGCUAGAUAUGCGGGGCUAUCGGCGCAUGAUUUGUCAUAUAGCGAGUCACCUACUGCAAAUGGGCCUGAGGAUGAUGCGCGCAAGUAUCAUCGCAGUAGUCGGGGCAAUGAUGAGGACUAUUAUCGUGGAAGUGGGCAGGGUGGGGGAUCUGGGUCUUCGUAUGAUAAGUAUGACAAGUACUACCGUUGA